CCGCUCUAAAAUUCGGCUUUACUUACAUACGUUUUACGGUACAAUACAAGGACGUUACAUGAAGUACCUACCUGCCAAAGUAUCAAAGUACCGCAGGCUCAUUCGAGCACGUGCUUUCCGUAGUGAUGAAGGAUUCUCUAGAGAAGAGGCCUGGAUUUCCACUUUCUUAUGGUAUGGUGUUAAGCUUCCCAGAAAAGCCAUUUGAGACAACAUCUCUUCUCGGAACACGUUAAGUGAACGCUUCAAGCUUACACUUCUAAGAUGGAGUCAUUCCUCGAGGGUCUAAAACUCCAAGUCCAGUGUUCACUGUGUAAUGAUAUUAUGUUUGAACCUAAGUUGUUACAAUGCUUUCAUACUUUCUGUAAAACUUGUAUCAAGACAAAUGCACAACUUGAUGGUCAAGUCAACAUCUUUAAGUGUCCUCAAUGUACUUCGUUAACUGAGCUACAGGAACUGAACGAAGUAGAAGACUUAGAAAUCAGUCCCAUUCACUCAAGAAUCAUUCAAGUGUUGUUGUUUAUUGAAAACCAGAAAGUUUGCUCGGUUUCUGCCAGCCAUAGCAAUGCAUCGUUUCAAUGUCUGGACUGUGAUCGCUCGUUGUGUGACGAAUGUCUGAACAAUCAUUCUAUAUUUACUAAAGAUCACAAAGUUGUUUCAUUGUCUGAAAUGACAAAGGAAGACAUCCAAUCCAUGCUGAAAAAGGAAACUCCUUGCAAAUCCCAUGUCAAUCAAGAUGUUAAGUUGUACUGCAGUGACUGUAACGAGCUGAUCUGCCAGAUAUGCUUGAUAGAACUUCAUCACAACAGCCACAAGAUGAUAUCGCUACAGGAGUUCAUCGCUGCUCAGAAAGAUGAUCUAUCUAGACACCUCAAAGAAAUUGAGAACAUGGAUACCAACGAGAAUGAAAAGAAACAGCAAGAACAAAUUGCUGUUGACAUCAAACGUGAUGGACAAAAAGCUCAAAAACAAGUCAAGAGACUAACAAAACAGCUGAAGAAAAAAAUCGACAAUAGCGAAGAAGAACUUUUGAAUACCAUCCAGAAGAGCAUGACGAAGGCCAACAGGAAUUUACGCAUAAUACUUCACUCUCCAGCAGCGAAAGAAUACAUGAAAUACCUUAUUCAAAAUGGAACAGCAAGCGAAAUCAUUGCCACCCGAUCAGACACAGAAUGCUCAAAAGCAGUUGCCUACAGCACAUUUAACAAAGACUUGGGUGGGAUGAAAUUUCAACCUAAUGAACAACUUUGUGAGCAAGUAGAUUCUGGUGUAGGGUUGAUACAAGCCUUUAAAAGAGCUGACCCAAACAACAGCUUACUGCAAGCAGUAGGGGAAAAUGGUUUUGAAGCCAUGAAGAAAACAACUUUGAAAGUGACAAUUAAAAAUUAUAAAGAUGAGCUGUGUAACCCCCCACCAGAUGAUGUAACAAUACACAUCACUCCUGAGGAUGACGUCAAAGUAGGCAAGAAACAAGUGACAGCUGAUGGCCAAAUCAAAGUAAACUUCACUCCUCGUGUUCCUGGUCAGUUGACAGCAGAGGUUCAAGUACAUGGAAGUCCUGUAUCGAACAGUCCACUAGUGAUGGAUGUCAAACCACAGCACAUUGUGGAAAUGACCAAAAUUACUAAGCUGAAAGAAGCAUUGAAUACUGGAUCGAAGAACUUUACAGGUAUUGCAGUGAACAAAUCAAACACUGAGAUUGCUGUAGCAGACUGGAAGGCUUGUUGUGUCAGAGUGUUCAACAUGGAUGGGGAUUUGUUACUGUCAUAUCGUAGUAAAGAUAGAGGACAAGGAAAGAAGUUUGGUCCACUGGGAUUGGCAUUUCUGAAUGAGACAGAGUUAGUCAUAGCUGAUUACAAUAACCAUAGAAUAUGCAUAUUAUCAUCAAAAGUACAUUUUACAGCAAUCACCGUUAAUGCGUCCAUUCAGUCACAUGACCAAAGAGCAGUUCAUGGACUCAUUUACGGCUGCAAAAUUAAAUGGAUAUGCUGCUCGUUACAGCAGGUCUAA